GUUUUGGAAAAGGAAGACAUCAUUGCCGAUCAUGGUUACUGUAAAUACAGAUGAUAUUAGUUUUCUGUUGUAACUCUAUGCAGGUUGUCUCAUAUAUAUAAACUAUUUAGUGAGCAUACCGAAGAAGACAUAUAAUUCACCUUUUUGUUGACAAUGUCUGAAGAUAGCGUAAAAGUUUUUAUCUCACACAGUAAUUGUGCUGAGGAUCAUGAUAUCAUAACUUCUAUAGUGAUUCCUAGUUUAGAGUGUAUUGAUGGUAUACAGGUUGUACAGCAGGAAAGUUUAAUGCCAGGUCAACUGUUUCUACCUGAAAUAACAAAAACCAUGAAUGACACCGAUAAAGCUUUAAUGUUCAUAACAAAAAAUUCCCUCAAAAGCAACUGGUGUACUUUUGAACUGCUAAUCUGGAUGGAAAAAAUCCAGAAAACUAACCGAAUGUCCAUAGUGCUUUUGCUGUAUGAUGUGAGUGAAGAUGAGAUUCCUCAUAUUGCCGUGCUUCAAGAGGCACCAAAGAUAUACUUUACACACGAUGAAAAUGAUUGGAAAGCUGCAGCUGAAAAGGGAAUCAAAGAGAAUAAAUUCAUUAUGAAUGUUAUGCCAGCUGGCAAUGUGGCUCAUGGUUUAGUGUGGUCACAUUAUUCUGGAUAUUUGCAGUACGUUUUGCCAGCCAGAACAAAUAAUGAUUCCAAACAAUGCCAUCCAGGGUUAGAGAAGCUGAUAACAGAAUCAGAAUGGUACAAAAGUCUACCAGAGAGUGGCAAGAAGAAUAUGUCUUUAAAAUUGUACGAAAUGGUACCAAGUAGUUGUUCUUGUGUGCCUGAUUUGCCUAAGAAAGAUACUAAGAUAAAAUUAGAACAUACUUACACCAUUUAUUAUUAUCGAGCAGGAAAUAAAAGAAAGGCAGAUAUACAUAUUUUCAGUAUUAAAGAUGGUGAUCAGACAUAUUACUGUACCUGUGAAUACCCUUAUGUCUUGAAUACUAUGAAAAACAUGGAAGAGAAUCAUUUGGCAUCUUUUGAACUGCCAAGUCAUCGUCACCUGGAAGGAGAACGAGCCUCUACAUCUUUUACAUCUGAUGACAAGAAGCUACAGCUAGCUAGAUUCUAUUAUACCCUUAACUCAGUAUUGAAUCAUUUCAACGAUUGCAGAGACAAGGCUAGAAUCUUACUAUAUAAUGAUGAGGAGUCAGGGCCGAAAAUUUCAGACGUAUUGUUGAAAGCAGUUAAAGAAGAUCUUAACCUUAUAGAAAGUCUACCCCCAAAGGAUGGAAAUUUUCUACCAAAACUUGAUGCCCUAGAGUCUCGUGACAGAGAUUAUGAUUUCCAGGUGUAUGUUGCCCAUUCAACAAAACAUGAGGAAGACAGAAAAAAGGCAGAGAAAAUCAUUUCUUAUUUGGAAAAACGUGGUAUACGUCAGAUACUUACGGAUGAUAUGAUUCCGACUCUACCUGGAAAUACAGUUAUGAGCAGGUUAUUAGUAGCUGCUCAGAAAUGUCGCUGGUUUGUAUUUUUGCUCACAAAGAAUUCAUUAGAUGACCAAAUGCUGACAUUUGAAAUGGUGUCUGCUCUUGGAGAUAGUAUACUUGAAAGGAAGGUUAGAGUUUUACCAGUUGUUGACCGAAGAGAAGAUGUAUGCAUUCCAGAAUCACUGCAGUGGGUGACUUACAUUCCAUAUAACUCUGAUAAUAGUCAUCUGGAGAGUUUAUAUAAUACAGUUAGUGGUCAGAACAUUCCAUUGGAAACUGAGUUAUUACUUCCAGCUGGUUAUGUAUCUUAUGGGUAUGCUUGGGGUUAUGUAGCAAAUUAUCUCAGAAAUGUCCUUCCUGGUGUUCUAGGUGGUAUCAGCGCUGCCUUAUCAGAAAAGAAUGUAAGUCAUUACAGAUGCCAUGAGAAAUUAUUCAUUAUCAUUCCCAAAAGUUGUCACGCUGGUCAAACAUUAAAAGACAAAAAAGAAUAUCAGGGACGAAUUCAGGAUUUUACUAGAACUAACUCUGUCAAUCAAUCUGAGACUGGCACUAGAGGCUACCAAUGUAACAUAUACAAGAUUUUAACUGAAGGAACAAAUGAAGUAGAUUUGUUCUUCGUUGGACAAUAUGCAGCACCAGUAGCAUGUUUAAAUGAGAUGAGAGGGUGGAAUAUAGCUGGUGUUACGGCUGAAUCAAUGGCAACAGAAGCCGAGAAGUUUUAUGAAAUUGUCAAAGAUUUAAUGAAACAGGCUGUGUCAGAUAAAGCACAAUUCUGUGAAUUUGUCUUUUAUGAUGAUAUUCAUAAUUCACUGGCAGAUAUCAUGGAGGAGAAGAUAAGAUUAGCAGAAGUACAAAAUGCUCAGUCUUAGACUAUGGUUUAUGAAAGGUAUCAUAUCAGUUGUAUCCACUUGAAACAUUAGACAUCAAACUUGUGUAUAAUUUUAAAUGUUGUUUUAUCUUUAUGGCAUAAUUUUCUGAGGCAUGUAGCCAUCACAGCAUUUGAAACAUUAUUAUUUAUAUAUGAAAUUACCAUGAAGGUCUGCACGGAUCUUCAUUGUUAUAAACUUCUACUGAUUUCUUAUUAUUUUACUUUCUUUUAAGACAAUUCCAGAUGAUAUUUUCAAAACCAAACAGAUACAGCAAAAUGUCACAAAUGAGUCUUUAACACAGUGAAAGAUUCCUGCCCAGAGAGGAAGGCUUCAAAUUGUAACUUGGAUGGAGAGUUGUGACAUUGGCACUCAUACUACAUCCUCUUAUACCUAUGUGUACUAGUUCUGCGAAAUUGGACGUCACACUUAACUCCAAAACAUAAAAAUGAAAAACAAAAAAUUUUAAAUACAAGACUAACAAAGGCCAGCACCUGGCUUUAAACAUAGGACUUGACUCAUGACUGUUUGUAUCUGUCACUGGAAAUACAAUACAUAUUUCUCACAUGUCACAUUUUUAAAAUGUUCUCAUAUUGAAAAUCGUUCAAUUUCUCCGUUCCAGGAAAUAUCAACAUGGUGACACUUUCUGUCUAAUUUAGGAAUAAUCCUCUGAACUUAAACAGUUAGCAAGCCCAAAUAUUUCAGGCGACUAUAAUUUGAUGGUUUAUAUGUUUAUAUAACUGAAGAUCAUGUAUAUAUUUAUGUUGGUUAUGUUCCUAAAUGUAUAAACUGAAAUAAAAGAUAAUUUCUUAUAUUGCGAAUCAAAACUUGACUGUUAACCAAAUUAAGCAUUUUAGCCUUAAUAAUGUUUUUUUUUAUAUUUCGUCUGUUUUAAAGGGUAAAGGUUAUACUUUGUCAACUUUUUGGUUGCUGAAAUAUUUUCAAAUCUAGAAAGUGUAUAAUAUCUAUAGUAGAUUGAAAUAUAAAUGUAGCAGUUUGUUGCUAGCAUUUCAAUUGAUCUGAACUC